AUGCAAGUGGACAGUCGAUGGGCUGAACUAGUUGUGGCUAAUCAAGGUUCUGUUCCAUUUGGCAUAAAUCAACAGCUGUCAUCUAAUAUUGAUCGCCAAAUAUCCAGCAUUCCUGUUCAUUCACCACCUGUUGUAUCUGCACCACCACCACCACCAACAACAACAACAACAACAUUACUCACGGCUAGUGUCUUUCCUCCACAACGUGUCGAGCCAGUCGAUAUGCCUCGUCCGCCACAGCAACACCAAGCACAGAAUCGAAACCGAACUGGUUAUGUGCGCCCAGCUACCGCCGAUGAUCAACAGGGACAACCUUCUUAUCCACGAACCAUACCCAUUCGCCAUGUAACACAUCCUGCCGAUCAGUCAUCAUUCGUUGUAUUUCUACGACGUUUAUCGACACUAUCUUUUCUUCUAUUCGUUUCGACUCCAUGUGUUAUUAUGGUCAGUUUGAUUUUACCGAUCAUACUAUUGUUACGAGCAUUCAUUCGAUUGACUUGUCGUUAUCAUUGUACAAUAACACCCUGUACGUGUGAUUACCUAUCAGCAGGUGACUUAUUCUGGUUGUAUAAUAGUAAAACAUCGAUAAAUCGAAAUAAGAAUGAAGACACAACGAAAUUGAAUACACAAUCAAAUGCACCAUCUGCAGCGGCGGUUUUCUUUCUCGAAGGUCCAGUUAAUGAAAAUGCUCUAAAGAAACUUCUUAUCAAUCGCUUAAUUACGAACACUUCCCGACGUGGUUCAACGACCGGACAGAAGACCUUUCCGCGUUUCUCCCAAAUUAUUCUUUCACACUUUUCCGGUACCAUGUGGAUUGAUUAUUCCGCCUUUUCCAUCGAUGAACACGUUCACGAAAUUCCACGAGAUAUGAACAACGACGAGGACAUUCAGUCAUACAUCUCAACUCUCGUCUCUAAUGAACUUCCGUUUACUCGACCCCUUUGGCAUCUGUAUUACAAAAAUCGUUCAUCAGUGCGUCCGAAUGAUAGUGUGCUUAUCUUUCUCUACCAUCCAGUUCUAUCCGAUGGCAUAUCAUUGAUACGCAUUUUGCUAAAACAUGUUGUUGAUAAUCGAACAACCCAACUCGAUUUAAAGCCACGUUAUGCCGGUCGCCAUGGCGAGCAUAUCUUUGAUUACAUCAAAGCGUAUUUGUUUGGACAUAUGUUAUUGUUUAGUAAAAUUCUAUUUAAUUCGUCUCGAGAUAACUUUCUCAAACGGAUUACUCAUCCGAACCCAUUACCGACAACGAAUUUGAAUCAACGGCAACGAAUUGUGCUCUGGUCUUCACCGUUUAAUCUAACGCGAGCAAAUCGAAUGAAGCUCGUCACACGAACACGUAUGAACGAUUUACUUUCAACUGCCGUUAUUUCAUGUGUGAAACUCUACCUCGAAACACACGGUUUGGCCAAUGCAGAAAAUAUUAAUUGCAUCAUGCCGUGUGAUCUACAAUCGAAUACAGCGAAUAUUGUUAUGGGAAAUCAUAUUGCACAUAUAUCACUGAAUCUACCUUUGCAUAUCGAAGGAAAUAUUCCAACGCUAUGGUCAUUUAAUGAUAAUACAAAGCGAAUGAAACAAAAUGCUGAUUAUGCAACAAUGUUUUUAUUUAAUUAUAUUUCCUACCUUCUGUUUCCAAUUGGAAUCGCGAAUCGAUUGAUGGCUCGGAUUUAUAACAAUGCUAGUUUAUGGUUAACAACAAUUGCUGCAGGCAGCAGUACCACAUUAGCAUCGAUGUCCAUAUGUAAUCGAGAAGUUCGUAGUUUAGUGUGCCUUAAUCCCAGUAUUGGAACAUACAGUAUUAACUUUUGUGUGACAUCGUAUUCGGAUGAAAUUCGCCUUGCUGUUAGUUGUGAUUCAAAUCUUGUGCCUAAUCCACAAUUUUUUACCGAAUGUUUUAUUCAACAGUUGAAUCUGGUUUAUGAUCUUCUCGCACAUAGAAGAAUACCCGGUGAAAUUCGACGUAUCACUCGGCCACCGAAGUUUGCGCCGCCGAAGAAGAGUAUUAGUAGCAUAUCCGACAUAUCCGAUGAUUUAACAAUUGAAGAAAUUCAAUCGAAAAUGUCCACGCUACAACAAGAAUUACUUUCAUUGAAAAGUCAGUUCGAAAAUGUUGACGCGACUGAUCCAUCGGGUCAAACUCAACGUUUAAUCAUAACAACCAAAUUGGAAGAAUUACGACGUGAAUUCCGAGAAUUGCUAAUCAAGUUGCAAGAACGUCAAUGUGAAAUGUCAGGUAUGAUCCCAAGUGAUGAAGAAGAUGAAAUGGAUCCACACGUACGAGUACGUCUACGAUCUGCAAGCGUUGCUUCGAAGAUUUCUUUGAGAUCAAAUGAACAAAGACAAGUUUCCUCAAGAAAUUAUCAAUUAGAAGAUGGAAACGAAUGCAUUCCAGGGACAGUGCAAAAUUCUGUUUCAUCGUCGAAAAUGAAUUUUGUCGGACAACGAUUGAAUAAUCGAGAACUUGCCGGCAUGCGUCGUGCUCAAUCGGUGAGUGUUUGCGAAGACACCAGCGUGGAUAUUCCACGUCCAACAACGAUCGUAAGUCGAACGCGUCCGACGACGCCAUCGAAAAAGUUAAUCACAACGACGAAUGCAACGAUUGUACAUCUUGAUCCACGUGAACAUUGGAAAAAUGGAAGUGGAAACUAA